AUGGACUUAUUUAGUCACAGGGGACACAACUACCUACUAGUAGUUGAUUAUCGUUCUCGCUACCCUGAAGUCAUCUACAUGAGAAGCACGAACUCUGAGGCGGUUAUCAAUGCUGUCAAAAGCAUUUUCGCUCGUUUUGGCAUCCCCGAAGUUGUACGAAGCGACAAUGGACCGCAGUUCGCUUCACACGCAUUUGCAGCUUUUGCGAAGCACUAUGGCUUCCAACACAUCACCUCGAGUCCAAACUACCCGCAGUCUAACGGGGAAGUAGAAAGGAUGGUGCGCACGGUCAAAGAAAUGUUCGAGAAAGCAGAUGGUCCUUUUCUGGCACUUCUGUCUUACAGAGACACUGCAGGCGUCACAGGGUUUAGCCCAGCGCAGCUACUGAUGGGCCGCAGCCUGCGAACCAGGCUUCUCAAGCCAGCGGAUUGCCUGGAACCGAAGUGGCCUGCGCCUGACGUUGUCAAAUGCCAAGACGAGGAGGUAAGAAGGCGACAGAAGAAAGACUUUGAUCGCCGUCGUGCUGCGACCGUCCUUCCUCCGCUGGAGCCGGGGGACACGGUGUGGGUUCGAGACAUCAAAAAAACGGCGUGCGUUCUCAGCCCAGCCUCGAAGCCCCGCUCGUACGUCGUGGAAACACCAACCGCGGUGCGUGUGCGUAAUAGGGUGCAUCUAGUGCCCUAUUCGGACCCAACCACGAGCCAACUCAACGAGCCAGCAUCGAGGGAAUACAGCGAGGGGCACGAAGACCAAGCCACCGUUACAGACGCCACGGCAACAGCGACGCCACAAGUCUCCAAUGAAUGCGGAGCGCGAGUCACCAGAUUUGGUCGCCGAGUUAAGACUCCGAAAAGACUUGACUUGUGA